AUGGAUAAAGAGGUUCGAAAAUUGGACAAAAGUUAUGAUGUUUUACAUAGCAAGGUUGAUGCUAUUGCAAAUGUUAUAGACAAGUUAGUUGAUUUUAAUACUGACUACUCGACUAAACUUGAUAUCAAAUCGGAGAAGGAUUCACAGACAUUUGCCAAUCUGGAAGAAUUCAUGUCUAGCAUCAAGGAAUCGAUUUCAAAAGUUAAUGUUUCGCCUCAGUCAAAUGUGUCUCAGGAGUCCAUUUCUCAAUUGAUUUCGAAGAUUGAGACGAAUAUCAAAACUGAGCUGGCACCCAUCCUUGAGUUGGUCCUUCGCUUACCAACAAAUGUUCAUCGUGAUGUGUAA